AUGGACUCUGUAGAGUAUGUGCUCUGUGGCUGGAAGGGCCAGCUGUGGCCUGCAAGGGUGUUGUCCAGACCCAGGACCUCAGCCCAUAGUAAGAGGAGAGGGGCCCCUUUCCUGGAGGUCGAAAUUCUUCCUGUGGGUGAGAAGACCAGAGUGAGGAGCACAGAGGUGAGGCCCCUAACCAAGUCUGAAAUCGUAACCAUCGCCUCCUUGGCCGGAGAGGAGUCACAGGGCAAUGGCUCGCCAGGGCAGACCAGGGCAUACAGAAGAGCCCUCAAGGUGGCACUGGAUGUUCUGGGCGAGGGAACCCGCUUGUAUCAAGGAGAAAGGGAAGGUGGCCAAAGAACCAGCACAGCAGCUCCCAAGGUUCCGAAAGAGGAGACCAGCUCCAGCCCACACCAGUGCCAGCACUCCCAAGGGCGCAACCAGAAAGGCCAAGGGCUCUCCCACAGGAGUCCUGGGAAGCGAGGCCGCCCAGGACCUGUGUUGAUGGGCUCACGGAAUGAGCCUGCAGUGCAAGGGGGGGAAGCCCAGGCGCACACUGCUGUAGAGCCCCCUUACUUUGAAAUGCAAGGGAAUAUGUUAAGGGGCACCAGAGUGUGGCCAAGUCCCUGCAAGAGGCCAACAGGAAAUGCUGGUGAUAAUCCUGACAAGAGAAAGUUGAGUAUACCCAAGCUCAGGGCUUUGAGCGCCCAGGCCUCUAGGGAGGGUGCCCGGGCUAACAAUGAGCAUCGGCCUGCCUCUGGGACCCCGAGGCACGCCUCUUCCUCGCCCAAAGCUCUCAGGCAGCAAGUACAGUGUGGCGGCCUAGAGAUCCGAGCCAUUGGAGCCCAAAGGAAGACCACCCUCCCAGAGAACAAGGAGGACCCCGGCCCGCGGACCCGGAGGCCAGACUCAGAGGGGGCAUCGGCAGCCUGCGUGCUUCCAGUCCCGAGACUGCGAAGAUCAGUCCGCAUUGCUGGCAGGAAAAGGAAGAUCCAUGUGCCAUGUGCACAGUGUGGGCUCUCAGGACUGGAAACUCGAGUGCACUCCAAGGUGAGUAAUGCCAGGGUCAAGAGGAGAGCCGCUGGAGUUCAGGAAGACUGCCACGCUACCAGUGUGGCUUCUGCCCAGGAGACGAAUACCAUCCAACGAGGGAUGCUGGUCUGGUUCAAAUUCCAGGACCACCCUUUCUGGCCGGCUGUGGUCAAGAAUGUCAGCAAGAACGACAAGACAGCCAGGGUGCUGCUGAUCGAGAGCAACAUGCAGCUUGAGCGCAGGGGUGUCCGAGUCCCUCUCCGCAAGCUGAAGCUCCUGGACUGUGGGGAGAAAUUAUCACUCCUGCAGAGAGCCAGCAAAGUGUACAGCCAGGGCAUCAACUGGUGCCUCUCGGUGAUCGACCGCUACAGAGAGGACCUCGCCUGUGGCUCCUUCCGGGGCUCCUUUAUGGACUACUACACCUCCCGAGCCAGUUACCCGCUAAGGAGAGCCGUCCAAGAGGGCGACCUGCACAUUGAUUUCCCCAAGGUGAGCUAUGCCGACUUGGAAGACUGGGAGGAGGAGACCACCCUGGGUGGCAAAGGGCCCCGCAAGAAACUCCUGCCUGACCGCAUGAGAGCAGCUAGGGACAGAGCCAACCAGAAGCUCGUAGACUUCAUUGUGAAGAAAAGGGGGGCCGACCAGCACCUGCUGGACAUCGUGAAGGGCAAGAAACCAUCCAGGUGGCUGGACGACCUCUGGAAAUCAAAGAGGGAAGUCUUCUGCAUUGAGACCUACCUAGAGGAUGAGGACCAGUUGCAUCUCGUGGCCACACAUUUGCAAGAAAUAUCCAAGGAAGCACACCAGGCCCUGCUCUCCCUGGCAAGAGGAGACCAAGUCCGGCUCAUCAUGGAGGUUCUUCUUCCAGAGGCAAUCAUCUUCUCCAUCGCUGCCCUGGAUGAGCUCAGCUACAAGGAGGCAGAAGAGAAGUACCUGCGAGGCCCACCUGUGCACUAUCGUGAAAAAGAGCUCUUUGAGAAGACCAUCCUAAAGGCGGCCCGGAAGAGGUCAGCAGCCAGGAUUGGGGCUGGCAGGCACCCUCCUGCGCCCACUCCUUAG